UUAUUAUUAUCUCUCUCGCCCGUGUAAAUAGACAACUUCCACCCCAUUCCAUACUUUUGAAAAGCAAGUCAAACACAUAUCAUCCAUGGCAAACCUCGAUCCAGAAGACGAUCUAGGCGACAUGGUUUAUACCCCUCCCCUUUCCUCCCGCUCUGGGAGCAGAAUUCGCGGAAGGCCCAGGCAGGCACCGCAAGAAACUGUGAAGCAAUUCUGGGAUCAGUUCAACAGCAAAUUCCCGGGGAAAGUGUACACUGUUUUGCCCGAUAAUCCGUACGCACGCUCUAAAGCAGCAAGGACCCCCAAAGGCAUUAUCAAGGGCCAGGAUGCCGGGAAAUCAUACGAAGAAGCCCGAAGGGAUUGUAUACGGGCUGUAGAUCGCAUUGCGAAGGAAGGCAGGCGAAUCAACCAGAAGUAUUCCGAUCCACACUUCGACAUCGAGAUGGACCUCAAAUCAGGGCGAAGAAACUAUCUCGACGGACUUGAUGUCCCCAAUGAUGAGAUGCGCCCAAGGGGCGUCAAGAGAGUGACGGAGAUCUUUGAAAACCCACAAUUUUACGUAAAUGGGCCAACCGCUUCGGACGUGCGUCAGGGUCGCGAUGGCGAUUGCUGGUUCAUGGCGGCACUUUGCACUCUAGGAAACAAGGAGGGAUUGAUAGACAAAAUAUGUGUACGAAGGGAUGAGCAAGUUGGAGUUUACGGAUUUGUGUUCUACCGAGACGGUGACUGGCAGCAAUGCAUCGUGGACGACAAGCUCUAUUUACGAGCAGCUGACUACGAUGAGUCGGUGGAUGAACGUCCCAUCUGGGACGACAUCAACCGAAGUGACACCGAGGAAGAGUAUCGCAAGGCCUGGCAGACUGGCUCACGAGCCCUGUACUUUGCUCAAUGUGUGGACGAAAACGAGACCUGGCUUCCUUUAUUGGAGAAGGCGUAUGCAAAAGCCCACGGUGACUAUUCUGCAAUUGAGGGGGGAUUCGUGGGGGAAGCAAUUGAAGAUCUGACCGGUGGAGUAACAUCGGAUGUACUCACUAGCAAUAUCCUGGACAAGGAUAGGUUCUGGAAAGAAGAACUCAUGCAGGUCAAUAAGGAGUUUUUGUUUGGCUGCGGCACUGGUCUGUACUCCAACUGGCUUUCGCCCAAAUACCACGGGCCGCCCAGAGAUAGAAAGGGCAUUUCCGAAAACCAUUCAUACUCAAUCAUGGAUGCAAAGGAGAUCGAUGGCGAACGCUUAAUCAAGCUAAGAAAUCCGUGGGGUAAGAAAGAAUGGAGUGGUCCCUGGAGCGAUGGCUCUGAGCAGUGGACACCGCAGUGGAUGGAGAAACUAAAGCAUAAAUUUGGUAACGAUGGUUUCUUUUGGAUUUCAUACAAAGACCUCUUGAAGAAGUACCAGCAUUUCGAUCGCACUCGCCUUUUUGGUCCUGAAUGGACAGUCACGCAGCAAUGGACCAGUCUCCAUGUUCCUUGGUCCGCAGAUUAUCAUACCACCAAGUUUAAGGUGAAUGUAACCAAGCCCGGCCCUGUAAUACUUGCCCUAUCUCAGCUGGAUGCACGGUAUUUUAAAGGCCUUAUUGGCGAGUAUGACUUUGUCAUCAAGUUCCGCCUCCAAAAAGAGGGUGAAGAUGACUACAUUGUGCGCAGCCACAAUAAUUCUCUCAUCUGUCGAUCCACCAACGCAGAGGUUGAUCUAGAACCGGGUUCCUACCACGUUCUGAUGAAAAUCACUGCCUACAGGUGCCAAGGUGUCGAGUCUACAGAAGAGUCCGUCAAGCGCCUGGCCCCCAUCCGGCGCGAGAAAUUAGUCCAAAUUGGUCUCUCAUAUGAUCUAGCCCACGCCAAGGGCAUCGUCGUGGAGACUGAGGCAGAGAAGCGAGAACGGGAGGAACGAGAAGAACAUCGCAAAGCUGUAGAACGCAACAAAGCCCGCGAGGAGGCCAAAAGGAGGCUGCAGCGCGAGUGGAUUCGGGAACAGAAGAUUGCCGCUCGCAAGCGGAGAGCCGAAAAGCUCGCCGAAAAAAUAGCCCAAGUUCACCUGAACGGCAAGCACGAUAAACCUCAAUCUACCGCACCAGUGCUUGAUGGUCCUGUCCAAGCACCGACGGAGCUGAACGGACACAGUGAGGAUGGCUUUGCCGCGAACCCAUCAGACGGCAACUCGAUUCCGUCCAUCAAAUUCGAAGACGUCCACAGCCCCCCACGCUACCCAUUGCCAGAUAACUGUUCGGCACGAAAUGGAAGAAACCGCCAGCGCUUACCAUACUCUUUACGCCCACGGCAUCGGCACAACCGCACCUGCGAUUCGGAGCUACUCGAAGGAUUCGAGUUCGACUCGGAUAUCGAUAUGCCUCCUGAGGAACUGGUGGUGCGAACGCAAAGCACCCAAGCUUCGACUUGUGAUGAUCUAGACUGCAAGACUGACCCGUGGAAUGCAGUAUGUGUGGUUGGACUGCGGGUCUACUCCAAGGAUGAGAUGUUGUCCUUGGAGGUUGUCCGGCCUGUUGCCGAGGAUGAGACCGAGGCAGCUCUUGACAUGGAUGAUCCGGCCGUCAGCGCUACUUCUGAAAAGGGAUCGCGCUUGCAUGCCAUGCAAUUUGAGUAAUUAUAUAUAUCUACAUGUUGGAGGAUCCUCUUGUAUUUUUGAUCUUUUAUGCGUCGUUGAAGACGCAUUCUUACAGUUUGGAUCAGUUGGCCCAGUGGAAUGAGUGACUGAGUAACCAAAAAAUCAAAGUUUUUGCCCAACCUUUAUUAAUGGAGGUUGCGCGUUCGAUCCUACCGAGUAUCAUCUUCUUUUUCCUUCUUUCUUUCUUUCUUUCUUUUCCUCUCAUUUCUAUCUCUUGAUAUCCAUAAUUGACUCUACGAGGUACUCCAGAGCAUCUACU